AUGGCAAGAGGGAAAAGUGAGAGAGUAAGGAAGCUGGCGUUUACUCAGAAAGGUGAGUUCCAAGGAAACAGCACCGCUAGAAGGAUCAUCCUAAACAACCCCCCGGAGAUACCCAAUUCCCCACCGAAAUCACUUAAGAUCAUCUCUAAACCGAGGAAAGCAGCUAAUCCGAAGAAAGCAGAUCCGAAGAAAUCACCUCCUCCGAAGAAAGCAGCUAAUCCGAAGAAAGCACCUGAACCUAAGAAAGCACCUGAACCUAAGAAAGCAACCGGUGGCAAUGAACCUCUAGGGUAUAAUCCAUUUGCUCGACCUCUCGAGGAAAGGAUAACACCAAUGCGGGCAUUCGUCUCCGGAUUACCCUACAGAGCCGGAGCCGGACAAGUUCGAUUACCCGGAAUGGCACUGGUGGUUUACUUUGCUCACGGGCAUAUGAAGUCCUGGGCCACCAUGAUGACUCAACGCCUAGCAACGCGACCAGAGUUGUUUAAAAAUGAUAGGAUCUGCUUCCUUGACAGUAACAUCACUCAAUUUUGGGAAAGGGACUGGCCCAAGUUUAAGAGAUGUCAAAUGCUGCCUCCUAAUUCGCUGGACUGGUACUUUGGUGUAACUCCCGAAGAGGCAACCCACCGGGAAGCGAUGGGGUUAUGA